ACCAACACAGGAACAUUCAAUUUUGAGAGAGAGAGAGAUGGUUUACAUAGAGAGAAGUUGGAAGUAGUAGGCUUUUCUCGCCCAACUCACUCAAUCGUCCAAGUUUGCCAUAAAUCACUUGCAUUGCUUCCUGAUAGUUCUCCAAAAAUGGUAAUUCUUUUGGCAUGGAGUUGAUGAGUCAGACGCUACAUAAGUAAAUAAUUAACAGAGUUAAACUGUCGUUAGGAUUUGUAUUAACAUUGUAUGUAAACUGGAAACUUUUUGUAGUGAUUUGAAACAGAAGUAAUACGGUGCAUUUACCCCCUAAUUGGGCGUACUUCAGUAAUUGGGUCUACAACAUAAUUGGAUCAAUUUUAUAACCCAUUUACAGCCGGCCUUUGUUUAGCGGUUAAGCACAACUGAAAUUACGCCGUACAAAAUUUAUGUUCCCGCUCAGAAAUUCAUUCACUUUCGAGCCUCACCGCCGACAAUGACGUCGUCCCCGGAAUCGGAGAAGAAGCCAUGGGCAGACAACGUUUCAGAAGCAGUGACGUCGAUGUACAAUUUUCUCGCCAAGAAAGGGAAGCCUCAAGGCCGCGAGGUCACCGUUUUAGCCGCCUCUCUCCUCUCCAAUCUUCCUCAAGAAUUACGAGUGGUGGCAUUGGGCACGGGGACAAAGUGUAUGGGGAGAUCGCGGUGGAGUUGAGGCGGUGAUGUCAUGAACGAUUCGCAUGCUGAAUUAAUCGCCAGGCGAUCUCUUCUAGUUUGUUGAUGGAAAAUGAGUGUGGAAAUGGCCAUCAUGUGUUAGUGUCACAUUUCCAGGCAUGAUUUUAGGAGAGUCAAUUGACGUCCACCAGCAACCAAUGAAUAACCUUCUAAAGGGAAGAUACAUUUACUUCUCAUUACUAUUCCAUUUUCAUUUGUCUACCCAUACAUAAUUCUACAAAUCAGUCUUGUUUUUUGUAAAAUGACCGCAAAGAAUUAUUCACAUUCCUUCCUCUGUUUUAGAAUUUAGAGCAGAAACCUCUUUCAAAUUCUCUCUCUCUCUCUCUCUCUCUCUCUCUCUCUCUCUCUCCUCACACACACUAUUGUAGAAUCUUGAGUGAUGAGUUUUAAUUAAGCACUAAUCAUUGAGGGUAAACAUGAAAGGGCAUGAAGAGAAGUUGAUGAGUAUAUAUUGGCUAAGGCCUGCUUUCAAGAGAUAUUCUCUGAGGUCGCCCUCCUGGGCAUCCUUCAACAAGGCACUCUGUUCAUCAUAUUCACUUCUCCCAUUCUUCGUCUUCUUCCUCCUCAUUGUUGCUGUUCUCGUCUUCACUGGCCAGGUCGACCUCGGAAACUAUGUAAGUUAUUCUUACAUAAGGAGCUCGCGCGAAAGUAGCAUAGAUGGACUGAACUGCGCGGCGUGGAACUAUACCAAGUCCUGCCCGAGAUACUACCCGGUAAGACGCCAACCGUCUGCAAAUCCGCCGCCGACCUGCCCGGACUAUUUCCGAUGGAUCCACGAGGACCUCCGCCACUGGAGACAGACCGGAGUCACGAAAGAGAUGGUGGAGAAAGCGCGGGAGACGGCGCAUUUCCACCUUACCAUCCUCGACGGGAAAGUCUACGUGGAAAAUUUCCGGCAGUCCAUUCAGACACGGGCUCUCUUCACGGUGUGGGGGAUUGCGCAGCUCGCCCGGACCUAUCCGGGGAGAUUGCCGGACCUGGAGCUAAUGUUCGACUGCGAUGAUCGCCCCGUCGUGGAGGCCGAGCGCUUCGGGCUGCCGGACUCUGCCCCGCCCCCGUUGUUCCGCUACUGUUCGGAUUGGCGCAGCUUGGAUAUCGUCUUCCCCGACUGGUCGUUUUGGGGAUGGGCGGAGACGAACAUUAAGCCAUGGAGAAGUGUGUUAAAGGAUAUAAAAGAAGGAAACAAGAAGGCAAAAUGGGAGGACAGAGAGCCGUAUGCUUAUUGGAAGGGAAACCCCGAUGUCUGCCCAUGGAGGGCUGACCUUAUGAGGUGCAAUGCCACUCCUCAAACUGACUGGAACGCUCGUCUUUAUGUUCAGAACUGGAUUGCAGAGUCCCAGCAAGGAUACAAGCAAUCCAAUCUUGGAAACCAAUGCACUCACAGGUACAAAAUCUACAUAGAAGGGUGGGCAUGGUCGGUGAGCGAGAAGUACAUCUUCGCCUGCGACUCCCCCGUCUUGCUCAAUACGCUGCGUUGGCAUGAUUUCUUCAUAAGAGGCAUGGUUCCUCAGCACCACUACUGGCCCGUGAGGGAUGAUGACAAAUGCAGGUCUCUCAAAUUCGCAGUCGAAUGGGGAAACAACCGUACGAAAAUGGCCAAAUCCAUUGGAGAAGCCGGGAGCCGCUUCAUCCACGAGGAUCUAAAGAUGGAGUACGUCUACGACUAUAUGUUCCAUCUUCUCAACGAGUACGGGAAGCUGAUGAAGUACAAGCCCUCUGUUCCUGCUGGCGCAGUUGAGCUGUGCCCGGAGUCAGUGGCCUGCGCUGCUCGAGGGAUCUGGCGGAAGUUCAUGGAGGAAUCCUUGGAGAAGGGGCCUAGUGAGUCCGAUCCGUGCACGAUGCAACCACCUUACAAUCCUCAAGAAAUCCUAGCCUUCAAUGAAGGGAAGAUCAAGAGGACUAAACAAGUGGAGGCGUGGGAGAAUCAGUAUUGGGGCAGACAGAAGAGGAAGAAGCAGCGAUUAUAAGCAAACUGUUUUCAGUUACUUUUAUAACUUUGUUACAUACUGUUUUAAGGUAGAAGUUGCAGUCUUUUUUUA